AUGAGGAGGGUGAGCUUGAGUCCGCAGGAGCAAUCGGAGAACAACGUGGUCCAGUUCCUGAGGCAACCUCGGACCAUUGCUAGGAUCCUAGCUGGGCUCUUCUCGCUUAUCAUAUUUGCCACCCUGGUGACCGACGGCUACCAGAACUUGACAGCUUCAUCCCAGCUGCGCUGCGUGCUGAAUGACAAUAGGGUGGCCUGCGGCUAUGCCAUCACAGCCGGGGUCCUGGCCUUCCUGCAAUCCUUCCUCUUCCUGGCCUUCGACGCUUAUGACAACAUCAUCAUUAGCCACAAGGUCAAAUCUGUCAUCCUGAGUCUGGACCUGACCUUCUCCAUCAUCUGGUCGUGCAUAUGGUUCGUUGGCUUCUGUUUCCUGGCCAAUCAAUGGAACAGGUCUGCUCACCACUACCUGCUGGGAAGCAGCUCAGCCCGCGCCAGCAUUGCCUUUGCUUUCUUCUCCAUCCCCUGCUGGGUGUACCUGGGCUACCGAGCCCUGAGGGGCCUGUGGGUUGAGCCCCCCAUUCCCUACAAAAAGUCCUUGGACGAAGGCGCUGUGGCCCUGACCACGCUCUCUUCUGUCACCACCACCUCCAUCUCCAACAGCAUGGAGUAUCAUAGCCCCACCGAAGGCAGAAGAGCCAGCUCCACCCCCUUCCCGCAGACUCCAAGGGGAAACCGGCUCACUUUCCUGAAUGACAAUUAG